AACCAAACAACCAAAAAACACACAUACACAUAAUGGCUAACAUCGCAAUCGUCAUCUACUCCAUGUACCACCACGUCGCCACCCUCGCUGAGGAGGUGAAGAAGGGUGUUGAGUCUUCCGGCAACAAGGCAACCAUCUACCAAGUCGCAGAGACCCUCAGCGAGGAGGUCUUGGCCAAGAUGUACGCUCCAGCCAAGCCAGACUACCCAAUUGCCACCCCAGAUGUUCUUGCAGAGGCCGACGGUAUUCUCUUUGGUUUCCCAACCAGAUUCGGUAACCUGCCAGCCCAGAUGAAGGCUUUCAUCGACUCCACAGGUGGUCUGUGGCAAAAGGGUACCCUCCACCACAAGCCAGCCGGUGUCUUCAUCUCCACCGGUACCGGUGGUGGUAACGAAACCACCAUUGUCAACUUGCUCUCUACCUUGGCCCACCACGGUAUGAUCUACGUCCCAUUGGGUUUUGCGCCAGUCUUUGGUGAAUUGACCAACCUGGACGAGGUCCACGGUGGCUCCGCUUGGGGUGCUGGUACCAUUGCUGGUGCUGACGGCUCCAGAAAGCCUUCCGCUUUGGAACUCAAGGUCGCUUUCACUCAAGGUGCUGAGUUCGGCAAGGUUAUUUCCAAGUUCUAAGCCACUUAGACGUGUUCCUUUUCUUAUAAAUCCCUAUCUAACUUUGUUUUUCGAUAGCUUUACCAAAAUAUCAACCUACUUACACGCUUAUGUGGAAAAGGAAUUAGUAUUUUCCGUUCGAGAGGCUGGAGAGACUGAAAUUUUAGUAAUAACGGCACAACCCUAGUAAUUCUAUGUAUGUAUGGAUGGAUGGGCAACAUGAACACGGAUGAUAUUUUUCUGCAUUUCAU